CGAACCGCGUUACGCGAAGAACCAACACUCCAGACUCGUCUCAGUCAACAACGUGUGUCAUUUUUCAUUAACAAAGCAUACGUGCGCUCUUUUCUAGUCAAUGGAUAAAAAAGAGACGGCGUUACAUGUGUGUAAACGUUUUCCAGAUGCGCGGACCUGUGUACAUUUCGCAAUGUGUGCGCGGUUUGGCACUGCUCAAAAGUGUACUUGAAAAAUGCAGAUUCUUUCGUAACAUGUGACUUUUCUAUUCACUCUCGGUCUUGACUCAAUACACCCACCGUUGUUUUGUUAUUAAUUUUUGUUGCUAAAAUAAACCUUAUGACAGAUUUGGUGCAGCGAAAGCCCACACAAUUUUCACCUCUAGGUAUCAUCAUUUAAAUUCACUUCUUUUUCUGAACCGUACAUAUAGUUCAUUGGUUUAUGGUACUGUCUAUUUAGCACAUGUUCUAUAGAAAUUUUGGCACAAUGGGACCCCUAAUAUGAUGAAUGACCGGAAAUCGAAAUUAAUCAGAUCGAAUGACAACAAUAAUUGUGUUUAGAUGUGUGUUAUGGGAGCACUAUGUCGAUUUCACGCCAAAUACGUUAUCGAAGGCGAAUUGGAAACGGAAUGGCUGCAAUCUGCAGGCCUCGGUAUACUCGCGGCGCCGUUCCAGGCUGGCCUGGAGGUCACCGAGGCCCAGCUGGGUGAAGCGGUGAGGCCUUUACCCAGGGAGCAAGCGGCUGCCGUGCGCCGCAGAGUAAGAAGACUCAAUAGGACUGUGAGGAGAAAACGCGCCGCUUCCCGGGCCAAAAAGCCCGAUAUAAGAGAUGUCUUUAGAGACUUGGAGAACUCCAGCGGGAGCGAACCCCGGUCGCGCAGUGCGACCCCCGACUCGUUGGACUCGCUGCCCAGCGGCGGCUCUGGUAGUCCACCCGCUGAAUGGGCCGACAACGCAACGCCUCCUGACUUUGUUGAUAACUACCCCUUGGCAGGCACGCACGCGCCCAUCGCUCGCACGCCGUCCGCACCCGCAGCGAGGCGCGCGCGGCUCUCCCCGCCCGGCCCGCACUCCCCCCCGCGCCCCGUCCACGAGCUCUUCAAACCCAACGACUUGCAUUGGGCAGACAUCGCCACCAACACCGAGGGUAUCGAGCUUCUUGGUUACCAGAGAUACGGGACGGUGCAAGGGCCCCGGAUAGGAAAGGAGCGCAUCAAUGGAUCCAUUUUGAAAGAGAACGACCCAUUUAUGAAACACGCCCCAGUGACACGUACGAAAAGCGCAGCCUCAACGCAACAGCCACUAAGUUUUGAGCACAAAUUCAACUUGGAUAAACAAAUGUUAGACAAUGAAGAGGAAUGGCCGGAAGAAGACAGCACAGUAGAUAUCGAGACAUUAAACGAAUCGCAAGUGAAGAAGUUGCAGCCGAUACUCUGGCUCGACUUGACGACACUGUUCGACAGAUACUCCCUGCCCUUCCACAAACGAAAAUCACCGAAGAAAAAGAGAAAAGAAGAGGGCAUGGUAUUCGGAGUGGCGCUGGAAACUCUCCUCCGCAAGGACAUGAUCCUGUGGGAGGAGACGUGGAGUUCGGUGCCAUCCGUCCUGCGUGCUCUGUCAUCAGCGCUGUGCGCUAGGACGAAGGAUGAAGGGCUAUUACGAGUGCCGGGGAACAAGCACAAGAUCGAAGCGCUCUGUCAACUAAUAGAGCGUCAAUGGUACGAGGACCGAAGCAGCGUGGAAGCAGCGUUGCGGAGGGCGACGGGGCACGAUCUCGCGGCCGUGUUCAAACGUCUAUUGCGAUCACUGCCCCAGCCUCCCCUCACACAAGAGCUUAUGAGGCUCUUCUAUCAUACGUAUUCACUAACUGGCAGUACACAAGGCAGAGUUCUGAACCUGCUGGUGCUGCUGCUGCCGUCGGAACAGCGCGCCACGCUGCGAGAGAUCCUGCGCCUGGUGCGCGAGAUCGUGGCCAUGAGCGACACCAACAAGAUGAGCGAGCACAACGUGGCCAUGAUCAUUGCUCCUGCGCUUUUCCCGCCCAGUCUCCUGAUCAAGCAGUCGGACAGCCUCGAAACCCAAUUGGCAACAGCCGCCAAUAGUUGCCACGUGACCGAAGCUCUUAUGCGCUGGUGCGACAGACUUUGGACUGUGCCUUCCUCGUGCCUCCUGGCUUCACAAAGAAAACCACCACAACACCGGAGAAAUCACCACACUUGAGUAAAUAGUGAGAGGGAACCGUGGACCAAAGUGGCUACAGUGUCCUUAGAAACUGCAGGUCUGGCCCAAUCUUUGAAAUGUUUGGACUAAGAUAUUGGACCGAGCAAUGCAAUAUCCAGUAUUUGUAAUUUAUAGGAAUGAUUUUGGACAAAUUUUUCACAAACUUUAGGUGGCUUCUUAGUGACCUUGAAUUAUAAUGCAGAUUUGGUCCAAAUGUGGAAUGUUGGAACCUUUAGAUCUUUAUCCAACCUUGAUUGAAAUUCAGUUUUUGUUAGCUAUUUGGAAGAAUUUAGCUGGUUUAGUUUUGGGCAAAAGUUUGACAAAUUCUGAUUAUUCCUUGUAACCUUGAAAAGAACCAUGUUGGUUCCAAUCUUU